UUUACCGCAAUCGAAGAACUCCUUGUGUGUGUGUGUAUGAGAGGGUAGUCUUCGUUGAGGGAGCGAUCUGACCUAGAAGAUCAUUCGUUUGUGGCCUUUGCUGAUCAAGAUUUUCAACAGGGUUUUUUUAUAGAGAUCUUCUGGGUUUUAGAAGAAGAAGAAAUGGCUUCAAGAGUAGUUAUUCCUCAACAAGCAAGAGGUGAGGCAGUUGUCGGUGGUGGAGAAAACAAGCUGCACAAGAAGAACGCAGCCGCCCAUGAUGGGAGAAAUCGCAGGGCCCUUGGUGAUAUUGGGAAUAUGGUACCUACUACUGCUAGAGGAGUUGAAGGCAAACCCAGUCGCCCAAUGACAAGGAGUUUCCAUGCGCAAUUAGUCGCUAACGCUGAAGCCGCAAGAGCUGCUGAGAAGAACAAGAAACAGAUUUUGUUUCCUGAUGCAGGCAGAAGAGUUGAUGCACCAAAGGCCAACAACAAUCAAAAGAUUGUUAAUGUUAAGCCUAGGCCCGUAGAGGUCAUCGAUCUAUCCUCAGACUCAGAGGAGGUCAAGAAGAAGCAAGAUAAGCCUUUGAACAAGAAAAAGGAAGUAGAAGUUGAGGGAGGGGCCUUGAGAAAGAAAGCACCAACUCUUACUUCAGUCCUUACUGCUAGAAGCAAGGCUGCUUGUGGUAUGGCUAACAAGUCCAAGGCCCAGAUAGUUGACAUCGAUGCAGCGGAUGCAGACAACGAGCUGGCUGCAGUUGAAUAUAUUGAAGACAUGUACAAGUUCUAUAAGCUAGUUGAGAACGAGAGCCGCCCUCAUGACUAUAUUGAUUCACAGCCAGAGAUCAAUGAACAGAUGAGAGCUAUACUAAUGGAUUGGUUGGUAGAAGUUCAUACUAAGUUUGAACUCUCCCCCGAGACUUUUUACUUGACUAUCAAUAUAAUCGAUCGGUUCCUGGCCCUAAAAACCAUAUCAAGGAGGGAAUUACAGUUGGUGGGCAUUAGUGCCAUGCUAACUGCCUCAAAAUAUGAAGAAAUCUGGGCUCCUGAGGUCAACGAUUUCGUAUGCCUUUCAGACAGAGCUUACACUCAUGAGCAGAUACUAAGAAUGGAGAAAAUCAUUCUGGGCAAGUUAGAGUGGACCCUGACUGUUCCAACACCUUAUGUUUUCCUCGUUCGUUUCAUCAAGGCAUCUUUCCCUGGUGACAAACAAUUGGAGCAUAUGGUUUACUUUCUAGCUGAGCUUGGUAUGAUGCAUUAUGCAACCAUAAUGUAUUGCCCAUCAAUGAUAGCUGCCUCGGCAGUUUAUGCUGCUCGAUGCACCCUCAACAUGGGCCCUGUUUGGAAUGACACACUAAAGCUCCACACUGGUUUUACAGAGCCACAGCUCAUAGACUGUGCCAAACAUUUGACCAACUUGCAUUUAAUGGCUGAGAAAGCUAAGCUUCGGGGUAUCUACAGGAAGUACAUGUCUUCAGAACGAGGGUCAGUUGCUCUGCUGACACCGGCUAAAGCUCUGCUGCCUAUUCCUUGCCAUGAUGAUGCCACCGCUGCAUCUCUGUGAACAUUUUUAUUUGGGAUGAUCACAUUUACUUAUGUGAGAAAAUUACUUUAAGAGAACAUUUGUAUUCACUGUAUUUGUCUUCUUUUUUUUUGUUGUGUUACACAAAGCUAUUCGCUAUUCUUUGUGAUUUUUUUUAACUAUGUUAAAAAAGGAAGUUCAAUUUUAACUA